UACAAAAAAGAUUAUAAUAUUGUAUGGUUCAAAGUCUAUGUUGUCUAUGUUUGAAUUGAAAACAAAUGUAUUUCUAAUGCCGACAUAAUUGAUCUUAACAAUAUUGUGCACUUAAGUUUGCAAAUUUUGUGCACUGCAUGUUAGUUGUGCUUGUGCAUCUUAUGCGAUUGAAACAUAUUGUUGUGGUAAAGACGUAGAACAUGUGGUCAUUUAAUUUAAUGAGUAAAGCAAAUAUGACCGAGCCACCGACAAAGAAAGUAUUACGAGAAAUCGAUAUUUCGCCAGAAGAAGUGCCAAUUUUAUCAACCGCCGCAGAAAAUGCCGAUUUCACAGCGCAAGAAUCUCUAGACGAAAGUAUCAAAAUUGUCCAUCUGAGCGAUGAUUGUUUGGUGAGAAUAUUCCGUUACCUGAGCCUCAUCGAUUUAACGAACGUUGCCGAGUCCAAUGUUCGUCUUGCAAGGCCAGCCAAAUUCGUUUUCAAUCAAACACAUCAAAAUAAUCAGUUAUUCUUCAAGUCACGCGGUGAAGUUAUUCAAAUACCUGAAUAUCAUCCGAUGGCUGAAUCAGAUCAUUUUACCAUCGAUUCAACGCUGGUCGAGAACAUAUUCAAACAUUUUGGCAAAUAUAUGCGAAGAAUAAAGGUGUUUCAUGCGCUUAGUUCAUUCCGAAGUACGCCAAAUUUCAAUUUAAUGAACCCAAUAGCCGAACACUGUCUGGACACAUUGCAAGAGUUGGAAUUCUUUGGAUCGUGCGUAUUCAAUGAGCUACGGUAUCGUCCGAAAACAUUUACGCGGUUGGAAAAAGUGAUUUUUUGUGAAGUAAUAGCGAAAUUGUCACCGGUUGAUAAUUUGAAUCGUAUGUUUCCAAAUCUACGUUUCCUCGAGUUUCACAACGUCUUUCAUCCGUUUGAAUCAUUUGUUAUGGAACAAAACUUUCCGCGUUUGGAACAUUUUGGCAUUUUUACAUUUCCGUAUUCAAAAUUCCUGCCACAUUUUCUGCCCAUCAUAAAUCGGUUUGUCAAUUUGAAUCCACAGCUGCGAAGUUUGAGCAUGUAUGACCUAAAAUUGACAUUGAAUGAUCUCUCAAUGGAUACGAUGCUGAAUAUUGAGAAAUUGGAAAUUGGCGGACGAAAUGAAUUUCCAAAGCCACCAUUCAAUUUUGGAAAUUUAACCAGCUUGAAACUCAUCUUCUCGAAUGAAAAUAAAACGGACGACAUUGAAUGGCAACAUUUCUCAGCGCAACUCGAACACUUGAAUAUUGUUGGUUUUCAACUCAAUGACAAAUCGGUCGAUUUAAUUCUUCAAUGCACACACUUGAGAUCGUUCUCAUUGACAUCGUUCGAAGGAUUCGAUUUAAAAUACAUUGAAAAACUUGCAAAAAAUUUAAGACGCCUCGAAGAAGUCGAAUUUAUUUCAAAGUUCAAGGAAGAUUCGAAGCAAACGUACGCAUUUGCCGGUGCCCUUAUAUUUAUGGAAAAAUGUGCCACUUUACGUAGAGCAACCGCCUCAAUACAAGUCGAGAAAAGUGACGUUAAAUUCAGAUUGGUCAAAUGGUGUUACUUGAAAAAGGACGAAUUUUUGGACGCGUAUCAAGAAAAAUUGAAAAAAACGUUGACCUUCGAUUGGUGGCGAUGGCCAAUAAAGCAUGAAAUCAAAUUUGUCGAUUAUCUCAAAGGAUGGCAAGGUGGACCCGUGUUUAGCGUCUGUAUGACGAAUCGAAACAAUUGAAAAUACGCUUUUGUUUUUCAAUUCUUAGGCACUAAGUUACUUAAUUUAAGACGAAUAUUGUCAAAAUCUACAUUAAAUUAUCGUUUUUCUCGCAUUCAACCAUUUAAUAUGGUUAAUAAAAACAAAUAUUUCCU